CACUUGUCCUCUAUGUGUGUGUCUCAGAGCGAGGGGGGACACACGGGGGGACGCUGCAGACUCUCACCCCCCCCACACACUAACACACAUUAGCCCACCACGGUCACGCUCACACACCACACCGAGUGUCAGCAGAGAGAGAGAGAGAGCAGGGCUGAGAGAGCCGCUCAUGUCGCUUCGGUUUGCUCUAUUAGAGUACUUGCUCUUCUGGUAGUCCUUCAGGGAACCCGUAUCUGCUCUGGAACAUCUACAUCAGUGUGUGGACUGUGUUAUGGAUCUGGAGUGCCGGAGCAGCAUGGUGGGCCGCUGGGCAGGACUGAUCGGCCUGCUGCUGGUGGUCUUCUCUGUGCCGAUCUCAGCUUUUAAUCUGGACACCACAGACACUCUGAACAAGGAGGGAGAGCCGGGCAGCUUCUUCGGAUUCUCUCUAGCUCUUCAUCAGCAGCUCUCACCACAGCCAAAGAGCUGGCUGCUGGUUGGGGCUCCUCGGGCCAGAGGCCUUGGCACUCUGAGGAACAGUCACCCUGGAGCUUUAUAUCGCUGUCCAAUCACAGCGGAGGAGUACGACUGUGAGAGAGUGGACAUUGACGGAGACGUGAGUCUGGAGAGGGAGAAUAAAGAUAACCAGUGGUUGGGGGUCACGGUGAAGAGUCAGGGGAUCGGAGGGAAAGUGGUGACGUGUGCUCACCUGUACGAACUGAGGCAGCGGGUCAAUCAGCCGUCCGAAACCCGAGACCCGAUUGGACGCUGCUACAUGCUGAGUGAGGACCUGACCGAGAGGGACGAUCUGGACGGAGGGGAGUGGAAGUUCUGUGAGGGACGUCCUCAGGGUCACGAGCAGUUCGGCUUCUGUCAGCAGGGCCUGGCCGCCAGCUUCACUCCCGACAACAACUAUGUCCUGUUCGGGGCUCCCGGGACCUACAACUGGAAAGGGCUCUUGUUCAUGGCCAGUCCCAUUGAGGAUGCAUUGGUGUACAAAACUCUGGAACCCUCCCAGCGGCCCGUGUUUGAGGAUGUAGCUCAGAAUAGCUACCUAGGCUUUUCUGUGGAUUCAGCUAAAGGAAUAAUGAGCCGGGGGGAGCUGACCUUCGUAGCUGGAGCACCGAGAGCCAAUCACACCGGAGCGGUGGUCCUGCUGAAGAAGGAUAACGUGUACCGGCUGGUUCCUGAGUUUAUUCUGUGGGGGGAGGAGCUCGCCUCAUCCUUUGGCUACUCUGUGACCACCACUGACCUCAAUAAGGACGGCUGGACUGAUUUAAUUGUGGGAGCUCCAAACUUCUUUGAUCGUAAAGCCGAGAUCGGAGGAGCCGUGUACGUGUUCUUAAACCCGGCAAGUCACUGGGAGAAAGCUCGACCCAUCCGCCUCAAUGGAACCUAUGACUCCAUGUUUGGCAUGACAGUCAGCAGCGUGGGAGAUUUGGACCAGGACGGUUAUGGAGAUGUUGCUGUCGGAGCUCCGUUUGAUGGAGAUGGAAAAGUGUUUAUCUUCAGAGGCUCUGCGACUGGCAUCGACACCAAACCCUCUCAGGUUCUCGAUGGACUGAAUGCAGGUGUAAAACGCUUUGGAUAUUCAAUAUCAGGAGGUCUAGACAUUGAUGGGAAUCUUUACCCUGAUCUAGCAGUGGGAUCCCUCAGUGACCAGGUGGUUCUUUACAGGUCACGUCCAGUGGUCCACGUGAGCAGAGACAUUUCCCUGAAGCCUCAGCAGAUCGAUCUGGCUCAGCAGAACUGCAAAGGGAGGGAAGGCGUGUGUGUGGAGAUUGAGGCGUGUUACACCUACACUGCUCACCCAGAAUCCUUUUCACCGCACAUAACACUUGCUGUACAUUUUGAAGCAGACACAGAGCGCAGGAAGUUGGGCCUGCCCCACAGAGUUCACUUCCUGGGUCGAACAGCGUCUGAGCCAGAGUACGUUCACUCUGAGGAGGUGGAGCUGAGGGGUCAGAACCAUCCAGCCUGUCAGACAGCCACCUUUGUGCUACAGGAGAACAUCAGGGAUAAGCUCCGUCCCAUCUCUCUCGCAAUCACACACACAAUAAAGAAGACCCGUCAUCACGGACACAUCGGUGAUAAACACCUGGGCCGGCUGAAUCCAGUCCUGGGCAUCAGCACCUCCAACACCUACUACUCUGAGGUGAACUUCCUGAGAGAAGGCUGUGGUGAAGAUAAGAUCUGUCAGAGUAACCUGAAGCUCAGCUAUCAGUUUGGCACCAGAGCCCCCAUUUCAGACCUAUUCACCCCUUUACCACUAGACGAGGACGGAGUGCCCGUGUUCUCUUUGUCUGAUCAGAGGUCAGUGGUGCUGGAAGUCACGGUCACCAACAUGCCCUCCGACCCUGAGAACCCGCAGGAGGACGGUGAUGAUGCCCACGCUGCUCAGAUGCUGGUCACUCUGCCCAGCACGCUGUCCUACUCUGGCGUCAGAGGACAGCAGGUUGUGUGUCAAGCCAAUCAGAACGGUUCUCAGGCAGAGUGUGAGUUGGGCAACCCCGUCAGACGAGAUGCCAUGCUGAAGUUCUACAUCAUCCUGAGCACCUCAGACAUCACCAUCGAAACCACAUCUUUAUCAGUAGACCUGCUGAUGUCAACGAUCAGUGAGCAGCCUGGUCUGAGCACAGUCACAGCGUUCGCUCGAGUGGUGAUAGAGCUCCCCCUGGCGGUCAGUGGGCUGGCUCGUCCUCAUCAGCUGUUCUUCAGCGGGACGGUCAGAGGAGAGAGCGCCAUGAAGACUCUGGAUGACGUGGGCAGUGAAGUGGAGUAUGAGUUCAUGGUCACCAACACCGGUCAGUCUGUCCAGACUGUCGGCUCUGCGUUCCUGAACAUCAUGUGGCCUCAUGAGCUGGCGAACGGGAAGUGGCUGCUGUAUCCCUCCAGCCUGAAGAUCGAGGGUCACCCGCACUCCCACUGCACUCACCUUUCAGCUCUCAACCCACGAGGACUGAGCUCCACUGAGCCACAUGCACAUCAUCUAAAGACGAGGAGAAAGACGCGCUCUCAUCCAGAGGAGGAGGGGGAGGCCGUGACGAAGGGCGGUCCGCUCAACAGCACUCCAGCUGUGGCGGCGUCUGAGAGGAGGAAGUCGCUCAAACUGGACUGUCUGCUGGGUUCUGCCCGCUGUGUGCUCUUUCAGUGUCCACUGCACAGCUUCUCAGGAACCGCACUGUUCAAGAUCAGAGGACGCUUGUGGAACAGCACCUUCAUAGAGGAGUUCUCCUCAGUCAGUGCUCUGGAGCUGCUGGUCAGAGCCAACAUCACAGUAAAGUCCAGCAUUAAACACCUGGUGCUGAGAGAUGCUGCUGCUCAGGUUCCAGUGAUGAUCUACCCUGAACACGGGAUCUCAGACCAGUACUGGAUCCCCUGGUGGAUCAUCCUCAUCGCUAUCCUGGCUGGAGUUCUGGUCUUAGCACUGCUGGUCUGCAUCCUCUGGAAGUGUGGGUUCUUUAAGCGUACAGAGCGCCGUCCUCAGUAUGAGACAGAAUAUUACAGAGCUCACCUGCAGCUUCAGCCGUCUGACGCUGAGAAACAGGAGCUCCAGUAGAGUCUCACCACCUGCUACCCCCCCACAGCGUGUGGGUUCUUCCGGAGGGCUCAGUAUAAAGACAAGGUUCCUCAGUACCACGCUGUGAAGAUCCCACGGCAAGAACGUUCUCAGUUUCAGGACGAGAAGUCCAUCAUAUUACACAAGAAGGAGUGGGCCACCCACUGGACUGAUGGAACAUCUUGAUGUUCUGGAACUUUCCUUCUCUCCUCCCUUGUUUUGACCACAGCAGACUUGACUCCCUCACCGUCCCGAGAGCAGACAGAACUGCCGAGCUUCGAGACGCUGCACACUAACGCCGAACAUAUUUCAUAGCCUUCAGUAUCAUUACUAACAUGUACAGAUAUUAAUGACAUCAUAAGCUCAUAAACACACUGACAGAGUUUAAACACCGACUCACCAAAGAAAACAUGCUGAACAUACUGUCAGCUUUACUUUACAGACUGAAGAACAGCUUCAUCUUUACAGAUGGAACAGCAGCUUCGCUUUACAGACUGAACAGCAGCUUAAUCUGUACAGACUGAACAGCAGCUUCAUUCUAUACAGAGUAAACAGCAGCUUCAUCUUUAAAGACCGAACAGCAGCUUUACUUUACAGACUGAACAGCAACUUCAUCUGUAAAAACUGAACAGCAGCUUCAUCUUUAUAGACUGAACAGCAGCUUCAUAUUUACAGACCGCAGAGCAGCUUCACUCUGUACAGACUGAACAGCAGCUUUACUCUGUACAGACUGAACAGCAGCUUUGCUUUACAGACUGAACAGCAGCUUCAUCUGUACAGACUGAACAGCAGCUUCACUCUAUACAGACUGAACAGCAGCCUCACCUGUAAAGACUGAACAGCAGCUUCAAUCUAUAAAGACUGAACAGCAGCUUCAUCUGUAUAGACUGAACAGCAGCUUCACUCUAUACAGACUGAACAGCAGCUUCACCUGUAAAGACUGAACAGCAGUUUCAAUCUAUAAAGACUGAACAGCAGCUUCAUCUUUACAGACUGAAGCUGAAGUUUCUGAUAGAAGUGCCUUCAUUACAGAACUGAAACAGAACUGAAGGAAGCUCAUUACUUAGAAGCUUUGCAUCAGACAGAACCUCUGAAAUGUUUUACAGAGAACCUGUUAAAUGGUUCUGUCAGACCAGCUGUGAGCACUCCAAUGAAACCAGUGCUUCCAGUAAAAGGCAUUUUAAACGUGCAAGUAAAUGUAGAGCUGACACUGUGAUAACUGUGACAGUGUUUAAAAAGCUUUUAUUAUUUUAUAACUGUUUCAACAGUUUCUACAGUCCCAUCAUCAUCAUCAUCAUCAUUAUCGCCACCAUCAUCAUCAACAUCAUUAUCAUCAUUAUUACCAUUAACAUUCUUAUUACAGCCUUACAGGAACAGCUUACCAAAAAAUUGAAUUCACAUGUUCUCAGAGCUGUUUAAUGUUUCCUAUUUUGUGCUUUGAGGCUGAUGUACAGCCAUUUGCAAAAGUUUGUGUGCCCCUGGUCAAUUAGCAUGUUGUUGAUUUUUUUCUGAAAGUAAAUAAAUAACUUAUCCUCUACAGUGAACACACUU